UCUCGCUUCCGGCCCUGCUCUUCCGGCCGGGGGACUGUUGAUGCUGCGACACCGCGCCCUCGGCCUGCUGCAAAAUGAAGAAAUUUUUUGGUGAUUUGAAGCGGGAUUUAAAGUUUAAAAGCGUGGGGCCGGGGCAUGUCGUGACUGAGGAGGCGAGGAAACCCACUGAAAUCAAAGCCAAGGCUCCAGAGAAGCCUCGGAGACCAGCCGAAGAAUCGCAGAUGGCAGCAGCUGCUGCUUUAUCGAGGCUGGAAAUUAAACAGCAAAAGGGACGACUCACCUCUGGACGAAGGAAUUAUGAUGUAGCAAACAAUGAACUGACCGCUCAAGCUGUAACUUCUGAGGUACAAACGAUAAACAAUCAGGGUCCCAACAGUUCCCAGAAGGAAGAUCGCAGCAGUUUCUCUGUUGAUGCUGUAUAUUUUAUCUGCCCUUUGACAAAUGCCUCGGUAUCCAAAUGUGCAAGAGAGGUGCACAUUAAGGAGGCCAUUCUUAUGAAAUUUGCUGAUGAUCCAAUACAAGCCUCUAUUAUGAUGAUUCAUACAUUUAAUAAGGAUAAAGAAAAAAUAAGGACUGCUUGUGAAACUCUUGGCAGAUACAUUGAUAACAUAUGCAAUAACCCCAAUGAAGAAAAAUACAGAAAAAUCAAGUUGCAGAACAAAGUCUUUCAGGAAAGGAUAUCUGAACUGGAAGGAACACAUGAAUUCUUGCAGUCAAUUGGGUUUGAAAAAAAAAAAAUCCAUGUAGCUGGACAAGAGAAUGAGGAAGAUUUUUACGUGUUAAAUGAGGAUCUUCUUACUAGAUAUGAAGAGCUAAGACAAUACAAGGAUGAACUUUUAAAUGCUGAGCCAGUUACAGCGCAGCUGGAUCGACGGGUGAAGAUUUUUCGACCCUCAGCCCAGGCAGCAAAAUUUGAAUUGCCCAAUGACUUUUAUAACCUGACUGCUGAAGAGAUUAAACGUGAGCAACUGAUGAGGUCAGAGACGGUGGAAAGGACAACUAUGCUGAGAACCAAAGCAAUGAGGGAGAGAGAUGAGCAGAGGGAGUUGAAGAAAUAUAAUUACACGUUAUUGCGUGUCAGAUUCCCAGAUGGAUAUAUUUUACAAGCAACAUUCUAUGCACGAGAGAAAGUUUUAGCUCUUCGUGAAUUUGUUCAUGGUGCUCUUGAAAAUGACUGUGCUCCAUUUGAACUGGUGGGUCCUGGAGGACGGAAGCUGAAGGAUGAUUCUGUAAUGCUUGCAGAAGUUGGAUUGGUUCCUGCUGCGUUGCUGACUUUAACAUGGGAUGCAGAGGUUUUAUUGGAUCUACAGGCUGCAGGUCAUAGUUUUACUGGCACAAUAAAACAAGAACUGCUGUCUAAUGUUCAAACACUUGUAUAAGUAAAAACCAAGACUGCUCAGUUGAAUAUUGUAUAUACAUUUAUUUUAUAAAUGAAGCCAUGUUGGUAAUGCAUCCAUGGAGAGAGGCAGAAAUCAGGAAUCCUUUCAAAAUCAAUAGACAAUGGGUGCAAGUAUAGGCGAUUCAGCCUUUCGAGCCAGCACCACCAUUCACUGUGCUCAUGGCUGAUCAUCCAUCAGUACCCCGUUUCUGCCUUCUCCCCAUAUCCCUUCACUCUGCUAUCUUUAAGAGCUCUAUCUAAUUCUCUCUUGAAAGCAUCCAGAGAAUUGGCCUCCUCUGCCUUCUGAGGCAGAGAAUUCCACAGAUUCACAACUCUGAGUGGAAAAGAUUUACCUCAUCUCCAUUCUAAAUGGCCGACCCUUUAUUCUUAAACUGGCCCCUGGUUCCGGAUUCCCCCAACAUCGGGAACAUGUUUCUUGCCUCGAGCGUGUCCAGACCCUUAAUAAUCUUAUAUGUUUCAAUAAGAUCUCCUCUCAUCCUUCUAAAUUCCAGUGUAUACAAGCCCAGUCGCUCCAUUCUUUCAACAUAUGACAGUCCCGCCAUCCCGGGAAUUAACCUUGUGAACCUACGCUGCACUCCCUCAAUAGCAAGAAUGUCCUUCCUCAAAUUUGGAGACCAAAACUGCACACAAUACUCCAGGUGUGGUCUCACUACGGCCCUGCACAACUGCAGAAGGACCUCUUUGCUCCUAUACUCAACUCCUCUUGUUACGAAGGCCAACAUGCCAUUAGCUUUCCUCACUGCCUGUUGUACCUGCAUGCUUACUUUCAGUGACUAAUGAACAAGGACACCCAGAUCUCAUUGUACUUCACAUUUCCCCCAACUUGACACCAUUCGGAUAAUAAUCUGCCUUCCCGUUGUUGCCACCAAAGUGGAUAACCUCACAUUUAUCCACAUUAAACUGUAUCUGCCAUGCAUCUUCCCACUCACUCAACCUGUCCAAGUCACCCUGCAUCCUCAUAACAUCCUCCUCACAGUUCACACUGCCACCCAGCUUUGUGUCAUCUGCAAAUUUGCCAAUGUUACUUUUAAGCCCUUCAUCUAAAUCAUUAAUGUAAUUGUAAAUAGCUGCGGUCCCAGUACCGAGCCUUGUGGUAUCCCACUAGUCACUGCCUGCCAUUCUGAAAGGGACCCGUUAAUCACUACUCUUUGUUUCCUGUCUGCCAAUCAAUUUUCUAUCCAUGUCAGUACCCUACCUCCAAUAUCAUGUGCUCUAAUUUUGUCCACUAAUCUCAUAUGUGGGUCCUUAUCAAAGGCUUUUUGAAAGUCCAGGUACACUACAUCCACUGGCUCUCCCUUGUCCGUUUUCCUAGUUUCCUCAAAAAUUUCCAGAUUGGUCAAGCAUGAUUUGAGAAAGUUGCUGUCAGUAUGCUGGCUUCAAUGCACCAUACUUUGGAAAUGUUGCAGUUAAUCCAACCCUUGGUCUAGAGUCUAGAUUAUUUAAUGUGAGGAUUUGUGUGCGUUGUAAUCCAAAUUAAGAAUGAGCAUCACAUUGAAGUAAAUCAACUUUACUUGUGAAAUUCUUCCCAGUCUAACCGUGAGUGAAGGAGCAUACUUUGAAUAUUAUAUCAAGAAAGGAUAUUGAAUGUCAUUUUUACAAUACUACUGUAAGCCUUAUGAUGACAUUGUAGUUGGUACAUGAGAGCAAGUCUUUAUGCUCUGGUGUGUUUUCAGCAUGGAUUGGCCAACAUUAAUCUUUGUCCUCUGUCUUAUAGUCACAAUAAUGAACCAGACAUUUUAAGAAACAAUUUGCAUGAACUGUAAGAAACAAUUCAUAGAUUAUUAUCAUAGAUUAUUAAUUAAAUUUGCAUUGGCGGUUAGGACAUCAGGAUGGGAGCAUUGCAGGGAAAGGUGUGUUGCCAGCAUGCAGUUUCAGUCAAAACUGGAGAAGUUUAUUAACACUAUAUUGUGUGCCUUCAGAGAUAAAAGUGGGUUUGAUAUCGAGUGGAAGUGGAUAUUUGGAAGUAAAAUUGAGAGAAUUAUUUUGUUUAAAACUGGAUUGUGUUCAACUUGUUCACCAGCUCACUGGCCUGCUCUAUUGUCACAUAACUUCCUAUUCCGAGCCACGUAGUAGAAAUCAAACUACACUUUGGCUGGUUGCUUCACUGCUGCAGGAGUAUUGGAGGACUGUUUUUCAGUUGAAUUGUAAACCAAGGCACAAAAACCGCACUUACACAAUUAAGCUAUGAAUGACUUUGACCAUAAAGAGGAUUAGUUCAUUGUUUGUGGAUUCAUGCUAUGUAUAAAUUGGCUUCUGUCUUUCCCACAAAAUAAUAAAAGCAUUAUAAAAGUGACAUUAAUUAUUAAAGAGGAUAAGAUGCUGUGUAAAUCCAAGCAUUUUGUUUCUAACAGCUUGUGUUGUACCAGGAAAUUAAGUAAAAAUUUGAACUGUUCAUUCUGCUUUGUUUACAAAAUUGCUAGAUCUGAAUUUUUUUUUUUAAGCUAGUUAAUCAUUACUACACAAUGUCCAGUUUGAUAACAAUAUAGUUUUAAAUUGAGUCCCACAGUGCCAAAAUGCAAUAACUUGGCAUUUGCGCAUAUUGAUUUGCUGUGUUUUUGGUUAUGUAGAUGGCCAGCCCAUCAUCAGCAGCCUUUCAAUUUUGCUUCAUUGGUCGUGUCUGGAUUAUCUUAAUUAUUUUUGCAUGUGUAGCAAAAUCUUAUUGGAACAGUCAUUAUGUGAUGUACCUGUCUCCAUGUGUACAUUAAAUACAGGCUGAGCAAUACUCGAAGGAAGCAAA